UAUAGAGGUCACUCUCUUAGUUCGUGGGUGACUUGUUUCGUUUCUCUUUUAUUUUCUUUUAUUUUCCUUUGUUUUUAACAUCUGUUUUAGUUUUCCUUAGUUUGUUUUUGAUUCUGUUUUAAUUUAAAUUACCAAAGCAGUCGGUUUAGAAAGUAGGUCAGUUUUACAAUCAAGUGGAUAAAUUUAUCUGAGUCACCAGUUUUGUUUGUGCAGUGCCUUAGUUUGCAACAAUAGUGUUAUUAUGGGUUGGUUUCUUUUAGUUUUGUGAUAGUGGCCAAACAGAGAGCCUGCCCUAAUGGAUACGCCGCCGGUGCCUAAGCCGAGAAGCGCAUUUUUACCACAAAGUCAACCCGUGACUCGACCGGUGCCCCUUCCGCGAACCAAACUCCCUGUUAACGACAGAGUUACGGCAUCCGACAUAUUCCGAUCGAUAAGUUCUGUGUCCAAGCAACUAACAGAGGACGUCGCCACCAAGGUGAGCCACUCCGCCAAAACGGCCAACGAGAAGAUCGAAAAAUCGAUAAUCGACGGCUCGAAAUUCGCCAAGGGAACUUUGGAGAAAACGUUGAAUACAUCACGGGCGGUGCGAGAUUCAGUCGCCAAGUCGGUGAUAGAGGGUACUAGGACGGCUGGCUUGAAAUUGCGCAGGUCCAGAAAAGCGGAGAAUGCCGAGGACGCGGAGCAGAGGUGUGUGUCCAUGCCGGUAGUGGACGUCAGCCUGUUCGACAACAUACAGUUCCACUCACCGCUAUUGGAACAGAAAAGGUUCAUAAAUGACGAAUCACAUAAGGGACAAGACAUACCUUCUGUAAACCUUAGCGCAACCCACUUUGAUGACAUGUCAUUGUUCUCCAACAAUUCUGAUACCAAUACCGAUUCAGUAAGUAUAAUUUCUCAUGAUAGCAGAGAUUAUGAUAAUUCUAAUGAACACCUCACAUAUGACACUCCACGGCCAUCACGGACUAACAGUGUGGUUAGCACUAUGUCCUUCCCUGAAGUACCUGAGAGACGGAAAAAGAGAGAGUCUGCUGAAUUAAUGAGACAGAACUCAAUGUAUGAAAACUGGACUUUGCCAUUUCAAUCACAGCCAAAUACUCCCAGUCCUGUUGAGGUCACACCCAGGCCAAGCAAGAGCACCAUUUAUGAAUUUGAUCCACUUCACACAACAAGUUCAUCACCAAAAUAUCAAGGAGUCAGUAAUGAAUUACUCCUUCUAGAAUCUUUUUUGAUAGGAGACACUUAUGGCACAAUAGUCUCCAAUGACUGCCAUGAAGAUAGCUUUGAGUUCGAUGAGAGUGAAUAUUUCAAUCCCCCAACACCACCAGAAAGGUUUGAUAGUUUAUUUCCAAAUAAGCCACAACAAACUGAUCAGGAUAAAGAUAGGAAUUCUAACUGGUUUGUGGCAACUGAUGACACAAAACCCCCACCAGAAGAAGAGCCUAGACCUUCACAUUCGGUUUUACAUAAAUUCUCAAGGAAACUGAAGUUGGAUAAUGUGUUACACAAAUCCCAGAAGCAACCAGUACAAAAAGUUGAAGCUGUGGAAAGGCCUCCAAUCCACACAACAUCAGUGCCAUAUUUCAGUGGUACGCUCACUAGGAUAGUGUCCAAUGUUGUUGAAGACUUGUUUAAGAAUUCACAGACACGCUACUGUAUGCUCUCUGACCAAAAACUAAUUUGCUAUUCUGAUGCAACAAAUUGUAUCCUGAAGGAGGCUUACACAUUGGACAGCAUUUACUCACUGCAAAUAGUGCUCCCUUUGUCAUCCAGUACAACAAGCAAUUCGUAUUGCUUCGAGUUGUCGGUGUCGUCGGGGGGACACAAAAGCACGCCGCGCAAGGUGUUGUUCAGCUGCGCCAGCGCAUCGGAGCGUCGUAACUGGGCCCAGAAGAUAGCCGAGCAUCUCACCAACGGCUUUCCCGCCAAAUAUACUGCCGAGUUCACUAGGUGUGGAUGGUGUUAUUUGAAGGAAGGCGUGUCUGGCGAGUGGCGAGGCGCGUGGGUGAUGCUCAUACGCCGAGUCCUCGUGUACUACACCACCAGGGACCCCGAAAUACGCGUCGUCGAUUUGAGGAAGACGAGAUGUGUCGUGACACAGGAGGCGGACGAGGAGACGAAGGCGAUGUGCCCCACGGACGGCAGCGACAACCUGCUGCUCGACUGUCCCCACGCCACGCUCUACUUGCGCUUCCAGCACGAGAGAGAGCUCAAGGGCUGGCGGUACAUGGUGAAGCUGGCGGCGUACAACAACGGCGCACAUAUCCACCACCAGCAGCUGACCAAGGAGGAUGUGCCCGCCAUCGUCGACAAGUGCCUCAGCUUUAUAUACGCGCAUGGCAGCCUCUCUGAAGGUAUCUACCGCCGCGCAGGCAGCAGUUUGGUGCUGUCGGAGUUGCUAGCGCGGUUCAGGCGCGACUCGUGGUCGGUGCAGCUCAGCCCUGGACAGCACUCGGAGCACGACGUCACCGGCGUGCUCAAGCGGUUCUUCAGGGACCUGCCUGAGCCGCUCAUACCUCAGGACAGACAUCAAGCGCUCACCGACGCUAUUAGGUUAGAUGAGGAGGCAGCUCGUCACGCGGAGUACCGGCGCGUGAUGUGCUCGCUGCCGUUGGUGGCGCGCAACACGGCGCGCAAGCUGUUCGCACACCUCCACUUCCUGCACACCAUGAGCCACGCCAACAAGAUGAACGCGGAGAAUCUCGCCUCCGUGUGGGCGCCCACCGUCAUGCCCGCCGCACUGACGAGCAACACGUUGCAAACCGCGUGGUCGUCCAAAGAAGUGAUGGUAGUGCGGGACCUGAUAGCAAACUUCGAGUCGGUGUGGGAGCCGACGGAGGCGGAGCGGCGGCGCGAGGCGGCCGUGCGCCGCGUGCUGAUGCGCGUGCUCAGCAACUCCGCGCCGGCGCCGCCGCGAGCCGCGGGCGACCUCAGGGCCUGGGUCUACGUCAGGGACAGGAGCACGUGCCACCAGGUCGCGCUAACACCGAACAAGACCAGCGCCGACAUAUGCAUAGAACUAUGCGAGAAAGCGAACACGGAGUCGCAUCUCCUCAUGCUGGAGGAGGUGAUAUGCAACGAGUCGAUGCGACGGAUAGUUCACAUAGACGAGAUAGUUCUAGACGUGGUCCUACGCUGGGGCUACUGGGACGAGGACGACAGAAAAGACAACUAUCUACUGGUUAAAGAUAACAAGAUGGUUCAAGAGAUGGACGCCCUGAGGCACGCCACGUCACUCGUGUGCGGCGAGAUGAGGUUCGCCACACAGGCGAGCAGAGGAUUCAAGUUGCACAUGUUUGAACUGCAGAACUCAAUCCUGUGCUACUUUAAAGAUAAGCAGGGUUCACACAAGAUCGAGGAAUGGAAUGUGAAGGACAUACUGUGGUACAUCGGACACGAGCCCAAGAGGAAUCCACAGUCGCGGUGGGCGAUAACAUUCAUACCGAGAAAUAAACAGAAACGGAGUAAAGACAAGCCGUGGUUCGGGUGCACGCUGGGCGGCGCGGUGACGGAGGACCUGGUGCGCUGGGCGGCCGCGCUCGCGUUUGCCGAGCACGCCAAUAUCCUGCCCAUUCCGCGGCUCGUCGUCACGUGAACAGUAACCACUCGCCACUUCUCGCCACCACUCGCCACCACUCGCUACGCACACUUGUCCGUACGUAACCGCGUCUAAUUUGUAUUGUGAAAUGUAUAGCUUAAUGAAGUCAAAAUUAUUAUAAAUACUCAAAUAGAAAUAAUUUAUUGAAGCAUUCUUGACGCUCAUUGAAGCUAUGCUUCCACAUACUGUAAUUGUUCUAACCAUUUUUAUAACAAUAAACAAAUCAAAUUUUGACGCCAUUUUCAUGUAGAUCCACAUUGCAAAUUAAACGUUGUUCCGUGUGAAUAACCUUCACAUUCCUAAGUAGUUUGUAUGUAAUUUAAGCGUCUAGUAUAACGCGAUGUAAUCGCUUGUUAGUUAUAUUUUUGUGAGGUUUAAACAAGGUAAUAAGUAGAGCCACUGCAGUGCGAACGUAUAUAAACACUAUUAGAGUGCAUACACGAGCGAUUGUAAGCUAAAUAAGCGCAAUGCGAUUUGUACCGGGCAUUGUUAUAACUGUAUGCACGUAUUAAUCACUCGCCCAUAUAAAAUAUUGGGUUUUUGAAAUUAAAACAGGAUCUGUCGAAUAUGUUUUAAUACAGUUUCAUGUUUCGGUGUUUCUGUAACAUUUUUUUUUUAAAUAUACACAAUUUUUAGUAUAAGAAAACAUUUAUGGGCACUUGUCAUAAUAUUAUAUUGUUUACCUAGUGGUGUUUAUUGACAUAUCUCUAGCCGUGUAAUACUUAUAUAAACAAAUCAAUUGUAUAUUCAUAAUUAAUGCAACUAUAAAAUACCCUUUCAAAUCGUCAUAAAUUGAUAUUAAAUGAUCAUAAUACCGUUGGCUUCAAAACUGACGUGAUCUUGAUAUAAAUAUUUUGAAAUCUUGAAAUAAAACUAGAAUCACUUUAGUCAUUGUCUGUCAAUUAUAAAAUUUCACUAAAAUGAACUAAACUAUGAAAUUGUCUAUAAUGUGUAAAUGCAUUUAAAAAUUCGAUCGAUGUAUUUAAAAUAAUUUACGUAUUAAGCAUUAUCUGUCAAUUAAAAUGAAAAUUUGGUAACUUCAAUUAGGAUUGUAUCCAUAAAUUUGUCAAUUCGAUAUGUAGGAAAGGGAAUUAUAUGUUUGUGGUUUCUUUUAUCUUUCGUCUAAGACUAUUUACCUUAUCAAUAUUUGCUAAUGUAUAAUGUAUAUCUAUACUAUACACUUAGAUGUUGUAAUAUAUCAACAAAGUAGUGUUUACUCAUUAAAUAUGUAGUUAAAAACAUAAUGUUACGUCUACUUGCGUCUAUCACAUUAUUUUUCACAUAAUUAUACAAAAAAAUUCAACAUAGGGUGAUACGAGCUUAUGCCAUUUUGUAAGAACUACGGCCUAUGAAAAAUAUUAUAUUAUAAAAAACUGUUUAGUUUUCUUAAAACAACAAAUACAAAUUAUACAAGUCGCUAACUUCAUAGAAUUAUAUUUGUUACUUCAAACUAUAUACUUUAUUUACAAAACAAUAAAUCAAGUGCAACAAUUUGAUGUGCAUACAUUUUAUAUAAAAGUUGGUCAUUUUAUUAAGAAUCGCACAUCGACUUAUUAUUUUAUCAGGACUGCUGCAGAGGAUGUAUUAUUAUUGCAGAGGAUCAUUUAAAUUAUUCUUAUGGAGUAUUAUGACCUUUUGGUUUGAAAAAUUGUAUUGUCGAGGUAAUAAGAUAUAUUUUAUCUAUGUACCGAAACCAAUCGAAUGAUUUUGGUUCGAUUUAAUCUGUCGCUAUUGAUUUAUACACAUUUUCAUAGAAUAGAGAAAUCCAGAGGUAUAUGUUUAUGAAAUUGAAACAUAAUUUUAUUACUCGAGUCAAUCAUGAAUUGUGAGAUUGGAUAGGACCGUAAUGGCAAUAGUAUAAUGAUUUUGCUGUAACGUUCGUUCCUGGAGACAUAAGGCGCGAUACUCUCUCCGUGCAUGGGAUUUCUUGAAAUGUUUUAAGCUACUCCUUUUGAAAUGCUAGAGUGGGAUCAGGUAUUUCACUUUUUGAUGCACUUAAAAUGUAUUUAACUGUGUUAUACUUGCACACGUAAACUAAAUUUAGUUAUAAUUAAUUCACUUUCGAUUACUGAAGAAUUAACCAAAGAAUUUUGUACUAAGUUUUACACAUUCAAUCCCAAUCAAUUGAACAACAGAUUACAAAUGAAAAUUUUAUUCACUCUAAAUUAGACAUCGCGUUGCAAUGUUACAUGGUUUCUAAUGACUUGUGUAUGAUAAUAUGUAACACUACUUUAUCUCAUGCCUUAUAAGAUAUAUGUGUUCUAAUCUGAAUGAGUGCAUUUAUAAUUAAUAAAUAUUGUUUAUUUUAUAAAACUUGCAGAAAAAUGGCGGUUCAAAGUGUCGUUAAAAGACGAUAACGGAUUUAUAUUUUAUCACGCGGACAUAAUAUAGUAUAGUUGUAAACAUGGUAUAUGAUUGGUAUUAAUAGUGUAUACAAACUAAUACACGUCGUAUUCUAACCCGACAUAUUUUUAAGAAAAUCUAAUUUAAAUAUAGGGUAUUGCUCGAUUUUCUGCAUUUUUUUUUGGACUGACAAUCAUUGGAUAUAUUUGCUUGUUUUAAGUCUGAUUCGGUGCUACGUGCUAUAUGAAGUUUGUAUUGAGGUCCUUAAAUGGAAAAAUUCUGGUGUACUAUACAUUUUUUUGUUAUUCUGCAAGAUGUGUCAAAGAGAAAGCAUAUAGCAGACGUUUACCAAUAUUUGAAAAUAAUUUAGGAAAGAGUCAGUUUAAUUAAGAUAAAGGUAAAGUUCGAUUGUAAAGGUCUGGUUACAAUAAUAUUAGAGAGGUUUUAUUUUUACUUAUCAUGAAUGAUUUACAUGAGAUGACAAAAGGUUGUAAAAAUAUACAAUAGUCUUGUCCCUAGACUUUUGGAUCACAGUUUAGUUUUGUUAAAAAAUAUCACAAUCCCAUUAUUGUUGAGAAAUGUGUAUGGAACUUAACACACAAAAUUUAAAAUUUUUACUAUAGCAAAAUGAAAUUAUAACUUAUGAAAUAGAAAUAUAUAAUUAGAAAUAUUUUUUAUAAGUGCGAUAUUUUUUUUCAUGUUCUAUACUUUCUCUUUGAUAACUUUCGGGAGUUAGUUUUUUACGCUUUUUUGCUACUUGUCUAUAUACUCUGUUGGUUAAAAUUUUAUAUAUAAGUAUAAAAAAUUAGAAAUAAGAAUAAUUAGUAUAACAUUUUAAAAUAAGUUUGAGGCUAAGGAUAGAAUUAAUAUAACAAACAAUGAGAUCUCCUACUUGCGAAAAAAUCAAUUACUAGGAUAAUGCGAAUGUCUUAUGAGUUAGUUUCAUCAUUUGUAGUAUUUAAAUUGUUUUGAUGGACCUUUUCAGCGCCAAUAAAACAAUUAUAAUUACGUGUAAAUUUCAAAGCUAGUUGUUUAAUCAUUUGUCAUUUAAUUAUUAUUUUUAUUGUUUAACAAAAGUAUUAGUAGAGUUGCAUAACUGUUAUAUUCUUUCGCCAUAAUAGGUGAAUUGUAUUGCGCACUCAAAAGGUCCUAUGCGUUGCAAUAUUUUACUUUUGGAUAUUCUAUAGUAAAAACGUUCAAAUCACUAGCCAAUACGUACAUCGCGAAAAUAUCUGAAGAAACAUACAAAAUACCAAUGAUACUUUACAAACUAACUAGGUAUAUAGUUUAAUGUCUUUGCCUUAUGACCUGAUCGAUCAGCUAUGGCGAGUAGAAUACUUGUGCUACAAUCACCUCACGUUAUUGAAGUUUUAGUAUUUUGAUACAGUAAAAGCUGUUUCAUUUUCAUUUGAACAACAAUACAUAGUUUACAUCGCUUUGAGAAAACACUAUUUUGUAAAUCAAUCUUAAACAUCAUUUUCAAUGUUAGCUUCAGUUGGAUUAUGACCUGUUGUCAUGCAAACUGAGUUCAAUAUAAAUUGUCAAAAAGUUAUCGUAUCCAGCUAUGAUAUUUAAGAAAUACGUGUAGUAAUGAAUUUGCGAUUUAAGUUGACGUAUUUUUUCAUAAUUCGACAUAAAUAUCUAGAAAUUAUAAAAAAAUAUGUUAUGUUAUUGUUGUGAGUUGAUUAUCGACUGUAUUUUGUAUUUUGGUUUAUUUUAUAGUUUAUUAAUUUUAAUUUCAUUUUCAUGAACCAAAGCAACGCAUCUGAAUAUCGUUUUAUUUACAGAGUUUAUAUUUUAAUAAUUUUAUGAAUAUAGAAUGAAUUAUUAUUUUUAUUGUAUUAUACAACGUAUACAAUUAAAUAACGAAACCAUCAGAGACACAUUUUUUGAGACAACAUAAAGUAAAUACUUUAGCUAUUAAAAAAUUUGGAUUUUUUUGUGGUAGUAUAAUUUCUUUAUUUAAAUGAAUACGUUGUAUAGUAAGCAUAGGAUAUAAAAUUAGAGAAUUAAAAAGUACAAACAGCAGUUCAAGCGAAAUGUUCGAAUCAUAAUGUUUGAAUGGAAUAUCAUCAGCUGUACCAUAAAAUGCCAGACACGAGAUUUUAAGGCAUAUCUCAAUAAUUCGUAAUUUCAAUACUCAAAUGAAUAUACAUGAACGUUUUGCUUAGUCUGCUGUCGUACGCUAAUCUAGAGUAAGGCUAUAAUUAGAAAUAGUUGUAAGUAAGGUUAGGUUAAAACAAUUUACUCCCUAAAAUAUGCCGCGGUUGGCGGCUGUACGGCCGCGCGACCUCGGUGUCAAUUACCACGUGCCUUAUAAUGUAUCAUUAAGGGAUGAUAUAAUUAGGGAACGCGGGCGGAGAGGCUAAGGAAACGGUUUUGAUAUGCCAACAAAAUUAUUACAAAUUAUGCUUUACUUUCUUUAUGUCGUGGAAGUUGAAUAUUUCGUCAAUUGUAGAAAAUUAAUUAAAAUGAUGUAGAUUAAUAUAAUUUUGAAUAUUAAUUUUUAAAAUAGAAAAUCUGUAUAAUAUUUUAAUGAUUGUUUUUGUACCGUGUCCUUCUAGUCUCUCUACCCAGUCACACUUAUGGAUAAUUUAAAUUAAGUAUAUCAUAAUAUAACAAUUAAUUAAAUUUAUGUAGGCUUGUAUAUCUAUUAAUAUCAAUUGUACUAUCGCGUCUAAAUAAUAUUCUAUGUAAAGAGAGGAUCCGGACUGUUUUAGUUACAUUGAUCACAUGAACGGAACGAUAUCAAUGUUGCAAUGGAUAAGUACAUUCGUUUAAAAUGCAUACGCAUUGAAUUGAAGACUUUCUCUUGGGAUUUUAUAAAAUCCAAAUCAAAUAAAAGCGUUAAUAUCGCAAAUCCUUGCCUAAAUUCACGAUAUCAAAAUGAGUAUAAAAUAUUUGCUCACAAUUAUACAUACCAUUUUAAAAUUAUAUUUUUACAAUGGUGGACUACAUGACAGUUUUGUUCGUGUCGUUCGGUAGGUGGUCUGGCUUGUAUCAUGCCUCGUGUUGUCAAACUCUUCAAUUCUUCGUCUAUUCCGUCGGUUCUCGCGUUUAUUUGACUGCCAAGUUUAAUAUACUACUAUUUCUUCCUUUUUAAUCCAAAGUGAUUUUAUUCAAAAUCAUCGUUACCAAUAUUUGCCAAUAAUAUUAAUUAUUAACACUUGUAACUGUUUAGUCUUGACCUUCUCGUAAGAUUAUGGUGUACUAGAGACAACUAGUUUUUAUAUCAAUAAUGUAAGCUUCAUUAUCAAUGUACGCCAGAUAUGUAUCAAUGAAAGUUAGUAUGUAUAUAAAACAAUUGCGUGUUAGGUGAUAUUUUUAAGCGACGAUUGUCAAUUCGAUGUUUAAUUAUUCUGUCCAAUUACUAUGGAAUACAAUCUUAUUGUAUGUCUAAUAAUAGACUAUUGUAACUCUAUUGUGAAGCUGAUCAUACGCGAGCAUUAAUACUUUUAUCAUAAAAGUUCACACUAGACAUCAUUCUUUACACAAAACAAGGUAACGUGUUCGGUAUAAAAACUAAUUUCCCUUAAAAAUAAGAUUUGGAUAUAUCAGUAAAUGUUUGUUUAGCGUGCUGCGCAUGUGAUAUUCGUUUUACAAUAAAAUAAUUUUGGUGUCAUGUGUGAUGUGGGCUGUUGGUAGUAAGCAUUAGCGAAUUGUUCGCAUUGUGGCUGCGCGUAUGGUCAGUGGCAGUGAACAGCGUGUAAUGAUACGAUAUAAUGAACGAUAUCAAUUUUGUAUUACUUAUUCAAUGUCUAAUAUAAAAUGGUGUAAUCAUA